AUGAUGGCAAAUGAUUUAAUCGAUGAUGAGAGAAACCACUCGAACAAUGUUACCUAUGAAGUCUUGAUUCACCCUUCGAAUCCUUAAGAGGAGAGUUUCGAAGAGGAGGGAUCAAGUGUGAGCAGAGUCUAGUCAAAAUAAUUGAAUGGCAGCAAGGUUGAUCACUCUGAGAGCAACUCAAAAGAUCUGAUGAUAGAGCAUUCUCAUUCUGUAGCUUCAAACUUAAUUCAAUUACCUAAUACUUCAAAUCUCAGAAAACCGAUUUCAAGAGCAAAGGAUAGAAAAGCUAGAAAAGAAAGCAUUGCAUCAAGCAGUGCAGGAGAUAGCAGGAAGAAUGGUAGGUGGUCGAUGAUGGAGCACGUGAGAUUCUUGGAGGCUUUGAAGAACUUUGGGAAAAAUUGGAAAAAGGUAGAGGAGUAUGUGGCCACAAGAACUAGCACCUAGGCGAGGUCGCAUGCACAGAAGUUCUUUGCAAACAUCAUUAAGCAUAACAUGACGAUGGAGGACUUCCUUGAGAGCAUCUCCCACGAUACCCUUAAUCAGCUCCGAAAAAUAGCACAAAAAAGUAGUGACAAAGUUGGGCCUAAUGGAGAGCCAGCUGAGGAAGAAAUGAGUGAGCCUGAAAUACUUAAACUUCUCAUGAUGCACAUGUCAAAGAACCAUCAUGAGGAUGAGCUUGAGGCUUUCGGUGAUCCUGAAUUCAAGAUGCAGAACUAGCUUAAGAUUGAAAGUUCAUAAACAAUCGCAGAGUAGGACUCUAGACUAAGAAGUCAAAGUGAAUUCAUCAGCGUUAGUAGCGCUACUAGAAAGGCUUCAACAAUGAUAAGCACUAGCAGUGGAAUCGCAGGAGCUGCUAGCAGGCGUAAGCGUUCAGCUAAGAUUAAGACUUCGUAGCUGGAGUAGGCUACUUUGGCAGAGGUAGCAGGGGACUAGCUUUAGAACGGCUUUCAAAACUCUGAUAUCCUCAACUAGUAACAGCAUUCUAAUCAUGUAAUUGUAAGUGAAAGCCAAAACGUCACCUACAAUCACUGUCACUCAGAUAUGAAUACUAUUCAGGAUUAGUAGUUGAUUUAUGGCGACAACUAAUUGAAUGGGGACUAGUAAUAACUUCAACCAUUUGAUGAUGCUAAUUUUGCGAGCACAAGUCUUAAAGCAUAGUAAGAUUUAGACUUGGAGCAUAAGAGCUAUUUUGACAACUAAACACUGUGCUAGGAAAGUAUGUUUACACCAAACUCUACUCUCAGAAAUAAGAGAAGAGCUCUCAAGAACAGCAGCUAAUUUAUUAGUUUCCAAAAUGAAUUCGAAAACCUCCCAAGCAACUACAACUAUGGAACAGUUUUCGGGGACAUUAGUAUUAACUAGCCUUAAACUGAUAUCAAGAUUGAGGACAAUGAAAUGCUUGUUCAGCAUCACCAUUAGCAUCACAGCGAUGAGUUAAAUAGAAACUUACUCCACUCAACUGAAUUGAAUAGGAAUUUGCUAUUGACUUAACAUGCUCUUCCUUAACAGUAGCAUUCAAAUAUGAGUCUAGAUCUAGGAAUCACUAAUUCUACUAGUAACUAUCAGAAUGUAACAAGUUCUGUACUCCCCUUCUCACACUUGGCUGCCAUCCCCAACAAUAACCUCCCCAAAGGUUAUCUUGGAGACGCCUUCAGCCAUAGACAAUCAAGAAUAUCCUAGGACAUGCUUGCAAGUUCUGCUUUAGGUCACCAUAUUAACCAUAGUAAUAAUUUGAAUAACAACAACUAAAAUGUGAACCCUAAUGGCAACUCAAUCCUUAUCGCUCAGUCUACCACACUUAACACUAUAUCAAACGGCACAAUGCACAAUGAGGCAUCUAUCAACGUAAGAUCAAGAUGUGGCUCUUUAUUUGAUAUCGAUGGAUUUUACAAAGAAACUAACCACCACUUCGAUGACUAGAUAAGCGUAGGAGGAGGGUUAAAUAGCAGUCACUCAAAGACACCCUUGUACAGCCAUAGUUUGUUUAUUAGGAAGUAAUUCUAGUAUUAGAGCUGA